CGGACAAUGCGACGCCACUUCCCGAUUAUAUCUAGAUAUUAACGGGAUAGAACAGAGAUGAGUCGCGAAGGCAAUCGUCAGCAGGUGCAGCCCCUUCUAGCGAAAUCUAGCCCACCGACACAUCGCUCAAAUGCGAGGAGGGAUGAAGACGUAUCGAUUGCGACUGACCCAAGAACUCGCACUGGGAGUGAGGUAUCGGGUGUUUCGAAGGGACGUCUAACGAGCGACGUGGAAGAACUAGAUUAUGAGCCUUUGGAGCUGCAUGACGUUGGAGCUGGCGACCCUGUUGACGUUGCUGUGAAGAGUAGCAAGAGAUCUGUUCUUCAAGUCUAUCUGUUGCUUCUGAAACUGGUUAGAUAUUGUACAGGGACUAUUUGGUCGCGUGGACUAUUUGGUCGCGGGCAAUUAUCUCGCUCCUAUUUGGUUCCCGAAACCGUUUAACUAGGACUUAUUUGGUUUUGGCCACCUGCAGGACUAUUUGGUCGCGUGGACUAGUUGGUUUCGCAUUUAUUGCGCCUCGAAUCGGCACUCUCCAACUCUUACAGCUGUACGAGACGGACACGAACGACGUGACGAUGGCCAUGAUAAUUUUCACGCGUCUCCCAGACGUCUCGAUGAGCCGAAAUCGAGUGCGACCUGCUUCUUCUUCGUUCGUAUUUGGCUUCAUAUGAAUACCGAAGUCAUCACAACAUUGUCGAUCGCAAUUUCGCGUAUCUGACGUUUCGUUUUGAGGCAAAUCUCGGCUCCUCUGGUAGCGGGCGUGUUGAAAGUAGGCGGAGUAAGAAUGUCUUGUGAGUUACAAGGUAAACAAACAUGAUCUGAUCACGGAGUGUAGAGAUGUGGUAAUGUGCCUAGGAAUGUUUUAGUGCGUAGAAUGCUGCGGCUAGCUGCAGAUUUAUGCAUCGAUCCUGCAUGGCAUGGAUCGAUAAUUAUGUGCACAGUGACGUAUGCCUACUGUCUACGCAAGGAAGACGAUCUACGUCUCUGAAAUUGGUUGCGCACUAUGGCGCGCCACUUGUGCCAUAAUUCGCUAUUUCUACUUAAUUUGUAGGAGAAGGAGCAUUGUACUGACUUUUUCGGUACGUAGAGUACCAGUACUGUAGUACGACAAAGAGUAUUACUCUGCAUGGUCUACUGUCUAUUCCCCGUAAGUGUGAACUUGUUUAAACAAGUGUGCUCAUUAGAGCACU